GGGGUUCAAGCGAGGGCAGACUGCGGAUCGCGGGAGGCGGCGGCUCGCGCGCAGCAUUGGGAGAGUGUGCUGGAGGAGCGGGGCGAGACGCUCGGCUAUACCUUCGACGACGUCGGCGACGCAGACGCCGACGCAGGCGCGGCGGCGGGGUCGAGCGAGUCGGCGGCGGGCAGCUCGAGUGGCUGGGUCGGCGGUGCGGCGGGCGGGUCCUCGGGUGAGGGCGGCGCGACGGUGGUGGAGGAGGACGGCAACUUCGACACGUGCGCCGUGUGCGACGGCGGCGGGCUGCUUGUCUGCUGCGAGGCGUGCCCUCAGGCCUACCACGCGGCGUGCCUCGGGGAGGAGGCGCCGCCCGAGGAGGAGGAGGAGGGCCAGGCUUGGUUCUGCCCGCCGUGCAAGGCGCAGCUUGGAAUGGCCUGA